UGGGGCGGUGCGUGCCUGUCAUGGCGGCGGUCGAGGCGGAGGGGGGCGGCGUGCGCUGCGCCGCGGCGGGGGCCGCAGGCCCCGCCAAGGACGGGGCGGGGGCCGUGGGCCCUGCGACGAACGAGCCCGGGCUCGAGGCGGGCGCCACGGGCCCUGUGGUGGCUGAGGCGCCGGUGCCGCCGCUGCCGGGAAUGCAGCUGCUGCAGCAAGGCGCCGAGGCCCACGUUUACCGGGGGCUCUUCCUCGGGCGGGCGGCGGUAGCCAAGGUCCGCAUCCCGAAGCGGUACCGGCACCCGGCGCUGGAGGAACGGCUGAGCCGGCGGCGCACAGCGCAGGAGGCGCGAUCGCUGCUGCGGUGCCGGCGGGCAGGGAUUGCAGCUCCAGUGGUCUACUUUGUGGAUUAUGUCUCCAAUUCCAUAUAUCUUGAAGAUAUUGUAGAUUCCAUCACUGUUCAAGACCAUAUUUAUUCUGUACAGCGCAGUGGAAAUGAUCCCAGUAGCCUCCUUGCCUUAGCAGAGAAGAUGGGCGAGCUCUUGGCAAGAAUGCACGAUGAAGAUCUCAUCCAUGGGGACCUUACAACUGCCAAUAUACUUCUGCGGCCACCCAUUGAGAAGCUGGACUUGGUGCUGAUAGACUUUGGACUCAGUUUUAUUUCAGGUCUUCCAGAGGACAAAGGAGUUGAUUUGUAUGUUCUGGAAAAAGCCUUCCUUAGCACUCAUCCAGACACUGAAUCUAUGUUUCAAGCUCUGCUGAAGGCUUAUGCAGCUACAUCUAAAAAAUCCGGCCCAGUGAUCAAAAGGUUGGAUGAAGUGCGGCUGAGGGGGAGGAAGAGAUCCAUGAUUGGGUAAAAAGAGCAGGCUUAGGGGCAGAGAAGUGUUUCUACUGGGGUUCUGCAAAUGUAGUUAUUUAUAUUUCCAGUUGGUUUUCUUUCACAGAUCUCUAUUUUGAUAGCUGCGUCUUCGAAUAAAUAAACCUGAAUGAGUUUGUGUCGUAAAGUAGGCAAAAGUAACAGUGAAAUGGGAGCAGACCUCAGGGAAACAGCUGAACGUCACUGCCUUCCUCAGUGUUGAGUAUGCCUUGUAGGAAGUGCUUCAGAGUGUCAUUCCCCUUGUCUUUCAUGUGGUAGAAUCAUACAGAAUCUUCUUUGUGAGCCUGUGGACCAUGGAUUCAUGGGAGGUAAGACAGACCUGGGGAUAGCGGGGCAUCCACAAAAGGUGACAGAAAAACCAGAGGUGUCCGUUUGCUUGGGAGACUUCACAACAAAGCAUUUAAGUCCGUUUGGACUGGCAUCCUGACCAUUUUUAGGUGGACUGGGUUCCAGGACAGAAACCCAGCACUAGCAUAAGACACCUGUCUUCUAUGUUUUCUUGCAGUAGUGAUUUUGGCUUUUAAAACUUUCAGUCCAUGUUGUUCCACACAAAUACAAGAAUGUUUAUCGUGGUGUUUGCAGAGAAACUUCCACAGGCAAGGAGUCUGCUGUAAAUGGCAAUUUCUGGAGCUUUAGAAGACAACUUGUGUGGUGAUUGCCUGCCUGGGGAGGCAGUGGGCAGAGGGAGGCAAUACUCCUGGGUGUUGGUAACCUUUUCUCAUCAUUGCUUGAACUUCUGGAUUGACCCUAACGGUGAGUGUAUUGUGGCCCAAGAGAGAACACCUCCAAACCCCACAGUAGAUAGGUUAGAAGAUGAUCAGUCCUCUGGUGUAAGCAGAUUUGGGUUCAAGUUGUGUGCUGGGUGAGUUUUGUCGUUUGUUUCAGAUAAUGAAUUAAACUGAACUCUCA